AUGGCAGGAAAAGAAGCAACUUUAGUAUUAUUGGAUGUGGGUGCCUCAAUGUAUGAACCAUACAAGUAGGCUCAAGGAAAGAAUAUCACAAGAUUGGAAUUAGCUGUUGAUUGUAUAGGAAUGAUGAUCUAAUAAAAAAUCUUUAAUUACAAAAAUCAUGAAGUCGGAUUGGUUCUGUUUGGAACAGAAGAGGCUGAGGACGGGAAUACUUUUUAUAUUUAAGUAAUGUCGCCCCCAGAUCUAGAAUUCUAUAGAAAUCUGACAGAAUUACCAAAUCACGACGUUCCUAAAAUAAAGGGCGGAGAUAUUUUUGAUGCAUUGGAUAAAGCAGUUAGUACUUUGGAUGAAUACGUAAAGGCGAAGAAGAUGGAAAAGAAGAUAUUUGUACUAACAGCAGGGUUCGGAUAGACAGAUUAUAAUGAGAAAAAAAUAGGAAAGUUAAUUAAGAUGAUUGAAAAAGUAGAUGUGAAAAUCAAUUUCAUAGCCAUGGAUUUUAUGAAUGAAUAUGAUGUUGAAUUGGAUGAUCCGACCAAACCUGAGAAUUAAGCUACCUUAAAUGAUCGAAUGCUUAAUGCUGUCUACUAACAUUAAGAACAAUCAAUAAAUUCUCGUUUGAUUUAUUAAAUGGUUUAAGAACUUAGGAAUCAUAUGAGAAUAUUUCCAGCCAAUAUUGCAUUUGAAUUAUAUUCACAAUUUCAUACAAAAUAAAUGCAAGCAAGAGCAUCAUUUAGAGGAGAUUUCUAAAUAAAUGAUGAAACAUCCAUUUAAGUAUUAAUCUAUAAGCGAUGUGCAGAGGAUAGAUUACCUAGUUUAAAGAAACAUUCAGCUAUUGGAGAAUAUAGUAGUGAGCCAACUAGAAACAUUGUUAGAAAUGACAGUAUUCAUUACAAUCCAGAAGAUCCCAAUAUGAAUCCUAUUGAGAGGGAAAAUAUCAUUAAGGGCUAUCAAUAUGGAAGAAACUUAAUUCCUGUUGAUAGUCUCAUGGAAGAGAAGAUGAAGUAUUAAUGUAAUAGAUCAUUUUAAUUGCUUGGUUUCGUAGAGAGAUCUUAAAUCCCUCGACAUUAUUUCAUAUUCAAUGUAGAUAUGGUGAUAGCUAUUGAUUGUGAAAAGGCUAGGAAAUCAUUGUCUGCAUUGAUAAUCGCUUUGAUUGCCACUAAAAAAGUUGCAAUUGCAAGAUUCGUUGGUAGAUAAAAAUCUUCUCCUAAAUUAAUGUUGUUAUUGCCCCAUAAAUCAAAGAGUUAUUAAUGUUUCUGGAUGAUUUCUUUACCCACUUCUGAAGAUAUUAGACAUUUCCAAUUCUCUACUUUAAGAAAGUCCACUCCGAAUUAAUAAUCAGCAGUAGCUACGUUGAUUGAUAAAAUGAAUUUAGAGACUAUCCCAAAUGAAUCAGGAGAGCCAGAGGAACUAUUAAAAAUGAAAUACAUUGCAAAUCCAACUAGACAAUAUUUCUAAUAAGUGGUUAUGCAUAAAGCCAUUACAAGAACCGAUGUCAUCCCUCCAAUCUCACCUUUAAUUCUUGAUUACUUGCAUCCUGAAAGGAGAGUAUAUAAUUAUGCCUAAGAUGCUAUACAGAGAGUGAAAAAUGCAUUUAAAUUCAAAGUAAACGAUAUCAAGAAGCCGUAAGAUAAAAAGGUAUUUUGGAAGUAAUUAUUUGAUGAAUAAACUGCAUAAUAAUAGGUUCCAGAAUAGAUAGAGGAGGAAAUAGUAGAAAUCAAUAGAGAAGAGGAAGAGAUGGUUAACAUGUUUGCUAAAUAGAAGUUUGGAUUCAAUGAUGAUAUAAUAUAAGAAAUAGGUUCUGUGGAUCCUAUCUCUGAUUUUAAGAAAAUGAUCACUGAAAAAAGGGUUGAUUUAGUCGACUCUGCUCUUCAAUAAAUUCAGAAGGUUAUUAAUGCACUAGUUGAUUAAUCAGUGAAGGGAAGUUUCUUCCCUAAGGCUUUGGAAUGCUUAAAGGAGAUGAGGAAGGCUUGUAUUUCAGAAGAUGAAGCUCCUGUUUUCAAUAAGUUCCUAUUUGUAUUAAAGGACAAAUACAAUCAGUAAUUAUUUUGGGCUCAGAUAGUGCAAUAAGGAAUCACUUUGAUCAGUGAUAUUGAAAAUCAUAAAUCCUCUGUCACUGCUGAGGAGGCUUAAGAUUUCUUGAACAAGGAAGAUAAUAAACAUUAGUAAAUGGUGGACUAAUUACAAAAUGAGGAAGAAGACUUGCUAGCUGAUAUUGAAUGA